CUCCGUUUCCACCCAAAAGUCAGCCCAGUGGGCUGUCACCCACUUGCAAAGCCCCUGGUAGGACUCGGGCUGCCCCAGCCCCGAGGGACCUGGUGGGGGGCCUGGACCCCAGCAUCCAGCCUUCGGCCCGGGGAGGGACCAUCCUCCUCCGGGGAGUUCCUGGCUCCCGAGGGCCAGCAGUUCCGGCCACGAGGUGGGGCUCCCCGCAGCCUGCCUCCCCACCCUCUCCCGGCCAAGAACUUCCCAGUCGCCAGCGGCCGAGCGCACGCCCUGCUCCAGCCGUGGGAGCCGAGCGGUCAGGCGGCUCUGGGUGCCCAGGGUCUGAGAGGCAGGCCCAAGGCCCGGCUGGCCCCAGGAGGCGGCCGCCAUCAGGCCAGCAGGACGGGAAGAUGGUGCCCCCGCCAGCCCCCCAUGGCUCCCUGGCCCCAGCUGGCACCACGGCUCUGCCCGGGCCCGUUCCAUCCCUCAUCACCGGGAUCCCCUGGCCCCCCUGGGCACUCGCUGCCGUUGCUGGGGCAGCAGGCAUCCUCAUCGUCUCCUGUCUCCUCUGUGCCAUCUGCUGCUGCCGCCGUCGCCGUAGGAAAAAGCCCAGGGACAAGGAGGCUGUGGGCCUGGCCAGUACUCGGGGUGCCACCACCACCCACCUGGUGCAGCCGGACGUGGAUAGCCUGGAGGCCGGCCCGGGGGGGCCUCAGCAGUGGGGGCGCCUGCAGCUCUCCCUGGAGUAUCACCGCAGCAACCAGGAGGUCAGGGUGGGCCUGAAGCAAGCCGCCGGCCUGAGGGCCCCGGACCCCGGCAGCCCUACAGACCCCUACGCCCGCGUCAGCGUCUCCACCCAGGCUGACCAGUGGCGCGAGACCCGGGUGCACCGGGGCACGCUCAGCCCCGUGUUCGAGGAGACCUGCAGCUUCCAGGUCCCGCAGGCCACACUGCCCGGGGCCACGCUGCGGGUGCAGCUCCUGGCCUUCCGGCGCUUCUCCCCGCACGUGCCGCUGGGCGAGCUCCGCCUGCCUCUGGGCACCACAGACCUGCGGCACGUCCUGGAGUGCUGGCACGAGUUGGGUCCCCCAGGCACUGAUGAGCCGGAGCUGAGCGGGGAGCUGUGCGUCUCGCUGCGCUACGUGCCCGGCACAGGCCGGCUAACCGUGGUGGUGCUGGAGGCCCGAGGCCUCAGCCCAGGGCUGGCAGAGCCCUAUGUGAAGGUCCAGCUCCUGCUGAACCAGAGGAAAUGGAAAAAGCGGAGGACGUCCAUGAGGAAGGGCACGGUGGCCCCAUACUUCAACGAGCCUUUCACCUUCCGAGUGCCCGUCAGCCAGGUCCAGAGUGUGGACCUGGUGCUGGCCAUCUGGGCCCGCGGCCCACAGCUCCGGGCCCAGCCCGUGGGGAAGGUGCUGCUCGGUGCCCGCGCCUCCGGCCAGCCCCUGCAGCACUGGGCAGACAUGCUGGCCCGUGCCCAGCGCCCCAGCACCCAGUGGCACCGCCUGCGGUCCCCCAGUGAGGUGGACCAGGCCCUGGGCCUGCGGCCUCGCCUGCCCCUGCACUUGCCCCACCACUGAGAGCACCCGUGCCUCGGUUUCCCCCAGCUGGGGGGUGCUUGGCCGGCCAACCCCGGAGGGUCUGCUGUAAUAAAUGCCUUCUCUGCCA